GUUUGGCGGCCAUAUUUAGUGGUUCAGAAGUAACGAGGAAACUUUGAACCCCCCUCUAAAACAAUUUCCAAAACAACCACUUCCGUCCACAACAAAUGAGUGAAAACUUACUUCCUGUUGAGCCGAGGAAAAAACAAUAAGUUUAGAUCGAUUUGUCAUGGACCUUGGAGAAAAUUCCACUUUGCACGCCGAUACAGCGCUGGAAAAUGGAACAACGUGCGCCACGGCUACUGCCUUAGCGCAAGUGCUGGACUCGCAAGCUAUCUCUAGUACCUCUCUCGCUACCUUCUCUGUCACCUCUGUUCCCGGCUCGGCAGGUUUGGCUGUUUUAACUCCAUCUCUUGAUGGUACAACAACUGUUACGUCUCUGCCAGGUUUUACGCUGUCUAGCUUUGAUUCGGUGGACGUGAAGAAUGUCAGUGAAGCCAGUGAAUUAGCUGUUGCAACUGUAGGGGAAGAUGGCAGGUUUGUUCCCAAGGAUUAAGUACAGUACGUAUAUAUAUGAUAUGCUUGAGCUUAUGUAAAAGUCGGUAAGAUAGAAAUUAGCUCAGUCUUAACUUGUCUUAUGUUUUCAGUAAUUGAAAACUGCAUGUAGUUAUAUUUUGACUGAGACUUAUAAUAUCCAUAAAUCUUGCAUUUUACAUGUAAACAAGUGAUAAACUAUAUUCAGAUGUACAUCAGUAAACUUGCACUUCAGACAUAAGCAGCAUGCUGUAAGCUUUGGUUGUAGUUGAUAUAUUAAACUUUUUGAUGAUGGGAUCGACCCUAGCCUGCAUGGUCCUCCAAGAAUCAGAAGAUUUGAUCAAUCUUUAUACAGUCUCACAGUCACUUUGACUCAUGGCUGAAUGUAGACAGUGCAAACUUAGAGUCUGCUGCAAGCUGGUAAAGACAUGCCACCAUUGGGAACAACUACAAGUCUUAGCCCAUUACUGGGAUGCCAACCUCUGCAAAGAUUUUCGCUUUUGCACUACCCCAACUUCCACGGCUUUUAGUUAGAAUAGAUUUCCUAUUUUUGUAUACAUAUGUAAAUUUGAUAAUAUUACCUUGUUUAAAUAAAAAUUUCCUUCCUCCCCUCCUUCCCCCUUCACAAGUAACUCACAAUAUCCAGAUACCCACUCAUGACCCUAACAGAGCCCUUUUUUCAUGAACAUUAAUCUUGUCAACUAGACUGAGAGUUUUUUGGCCAAAGUUACAAAAUUUGACAAAAAUGGCAAAGGCAUGUGAAAAAUUAUGAGCCAAGAAGUGUGGCAAAAGCAUGACAUGACUCUGAGAAACAUAAUAAUUUUGGUGGGAUCUGAGACUGAAAUAUGCUUUGCCCGGCAGCAUUUCAUUCUUGCUUUUAAUCCAUGUAGCCUCCAUUUUGCAUCGGCCACUCACAAUGCAGUUACCAGUUAUCAUGCACCACAAGGAAGCCAGUCUUUGCAAACAUCUGAAGCUGAUUUUGUAUCAGACCUUAGUCAAGGUGAGUUUUGACCAUCAGUCUGAGGUGUAGACACAUCCCUAGUUGAACUGCCGACUCCAAGGCAGUAUGCUCAUUGACCAGUAGUAGAUCUAGAGGACAGGCCCUGGGGCCCAGUAUAACCUUCUUUUAUGGUCUGAGGUGUCAGUCAUCUGUUUGCAACCCUCCCCUUCCCCCAUUGGGGGAAGGGGUGGGUACAGAGAUGGCUGAUGUUUCAGACUACAGUUGAACCUCCAUUAAGUAAUCAUCCUUGGGGUACUGGUAAGUGGCUGCUUUAUAGAGGUAGCCUGCAGUGCAGGCAUUUUCUUUGGGUGUGCGAAUGUUUUUGCUCGCAAAAACGCCAUCUUGAAACUCCCGAAGAGAGGAGGAAAUGGGAUGAGUCAAAGGAAGUGGGGGAGGGGGUGGAGAGAGAGAAGAGAAAACAUUUUUUUGUCCCCUCCCCUCCCCCUUUCCUUGUUUUGCCUUAGCACCUACCCUAAGGGUUGCUACUUUUACUCUCCCUAAUCUUCCUCCAUCAUAAAAUCAAAGAUGCUGGUUACAACAAUACGAACAUAAACAAGCAGCUUUCGCCCACCCAAAAUACGCCUACACUGCAGGCUAUUAUAGAGGUUGGCCACUCCAUAAAGAUUCGUCAUAAAGUCAUGAAAUAAACAUGUGACGGAAGCAGCAUUUACUGGUCCACAAUCAGUCAUUACCUUCUAUUGCGGACUAUUCCUCCAUAUUUUAAAAAUAAAGUCACUACAAGUGUAUCAGGCACUUGAUGACAGUGUAAUAGAGGUGACAAUAAAAGGAGCACUCUCGUUGAUUUAAAAUACUUUUCUACACUUAUUUCAGGACUUGGAACACUGGCUGCUAAUUAAUAGAGGUUCAGCUGUACUUAACUCUUAUUUUAGACAUUAAAACUGAGACCCACGGGACUGAGGUGCUGAGAUCCUUUUUUUCCACUAGAGAACACACCCAUCUUACCUCAAGGUCCAUAUCCUCCCUGUGCAAAUUUAUGGGGAUGUAGGAGGGAAGGGUGGGUUAUGAUCAUCAGGAAUUUUGAAGAAGAAAUUACCGGUAUACAUGCUGUUCUUCCAAAUCCUUCUCUAAUUUAUGAUUUCAGUGGAAAUUCUGAGUGGAGGAGAGAGUGAAGGAGGUUCUUUGGAGGAAACUGUCUGCCAAGAAACUCAAACACCCCAAGCUGUCUCAAACUCUCAUGGUGAUGUGGAGAAGUCAGUGGUAAGAUUGUAAUGUUUUAGUUUUGACAAUCGUGCAAAUAUUAAUAUUGGGAUACUGAAAUCUAAAAUGCUUUACAUGUACGUUUGCUUUAAUCGUACUGAAUUGUAUCCUGGGGGAGGAACCCACUGCGCCAGAAGAACGACAGGGAUGCUUGUCGCUUUUUAGAAGUCGGAUUAUUAGGAGACCAAUCUGGGCGAGGAUUGAGUAGAGAAUUUAAGAUAACUAGAAACAAGUGUUAAACUACUCUUUUGGCUGUCAUUUUUAGAAAAAGAAAGGUGGUUGGCCAAAGGGAAAGAAGAGACGAAAGACAUUCCGUGACAGCAAUGCACCCAAAGCUCCCCUGACUGGGUAUGUGAAGUUUCUCACUGAACAACGAGAGAAGGUUAGGGCAGAAAACCCCGAGUUGAGUUUUCCUGAAGUAACAAAGUUACUUGGUGCCCAGUGGAGUAAGUUGUCUUCAGAAGAAAAGCAGGUUAGAACAUGUUUUUGUCCUUCUUCUUGUUUCUUUAAGACAAUAAACAAAUAGUGGCAAAAGAAAAUAUUUGCAAAAAAAUUCAAAUAUUCUUUUUUUAGUAAAAUCCUAAGAAAAAAUGGUAAUAUGCAGAAGUUUUAUUUGAAUGGUAACACCACAUGACUUCGUCCCAAGAUAUAAAUAUUAUAAUCUUGCCAUAAUAAUCUUGAUCUAGUAUUGAAAGGUUAAGCUGGUACUUGUGUAAGGUGGCCAAAAUUACAUGUCAGUCUAUGUGACCUCUAGGCUAAAUCUUUGCACCUGGCAAAAGGCAAUAUACACAUGAUCAUGCUUGUGCUUUUGCUGUUUUUUUUUUAGCAGGGAGGGGGGUGUUCAAGUUUAACUUCUGGUUCGCUAGGAAUGAUAAUCUCAUUUCGCCCUUUCUGAAAUUCAAACAAAUGAUUUUUAAACUACAUGUAUGCUCUUUCACCCAUAAUGGCAAAACUCCAACCUCUUGGACAAACCAGAGGGAUCGCUUAUACUUUGUUGCUAGGUGCAUGGAUACAUUGACUUAUAACUCUAAGUUGUUUUAUAAUGACAGUUCUGUAAAUAAGCAAAUGUCCCUGUAUUAUUCCACGUUUACAUAUAACCUACAAUCUCAGACAAAGACCUUGCAUCACUUUGGAAAAAUUUCGCUCCGUUCCGUUUCCCCCUCCCUUUUGCGUUGCAGACGGAAAGGGAAGUGAAUAAGUGUUUCGAGGAUUUUUAGCGAGGAUUGUAGCCUUCACCAGCAGCUAAUGACAAUAUUUUUUUACUUUUUCUCUAAAGAGAUACUUAGAUGAAGCAGACAAGGACAAAGAGAGAUACAUGUUGGAGUUGGAAGCUUAUCAGAAAACGGAUACUUACAGAAGCUUUUUGAAGAAGCAAGCAGAAAGAAAGAGAAAACGUUAGCUACUCUUAGUGACUCUUGUAGCCUGCGUAUCAAGCGUUUCCGCGCGAGUUCGUCGAGAAAGUUGGGAAGAGUGCAAAAAAUGGUCUAACUUUCGCGCAAUAACUCGAUUGGAAACGCUUGCUACGUAAGCUACUACUCUUGUUCUAUUAUUCUGGUCUAAUCAUAAUGAGAAGUGGAAGACGACUGCUAGGCGAAGACCGAGUAGAUUCUUAUUGAGUGCUCAUUAAUUGUCUUUUCACCGGUUUGUUAAGUAGUUGUGAUCAUUAGAGUCAAUGCCAUCAAACCUCUUCCCAUAAAUCGCCUAAACAAAGUAUUUCAGUUAUUUUCAAAAAAUAAUUAUUAGCUUCGCCUUAAAAAGUUCCUUCCCUAAACAAACCACGUAAGGUAGACCACGCUACCAGGAUCUAGUCUUCUACUAGGCCAACUCUCCUCGAACAGCUAUGUUGGUACUUUUAUGUUCCCUUGAUAAGGAAGGACGAAAACACUAAAAAAUUGACCUGUUAUUGAAAUUGUUUCUUAUAAAAAAAAAUGAAUUUUGUAACCCGCAAACAAAUCCAGCCCAAGCAGUCCCUUAGGAAUGACGCGCGGGAGAGCAUGUUAGGGACCUGGCUGGAGUUGCGAUCGGAGUUUGAACCUGCAGCCUUCCGCGGGUGUGCCACAGACCGGCGCCUUCCAACUGAGCUACUAAGAAGUGGACUUGCGCUUUUUAGUUAAACGUCGUUACUAUAAAAACGUGUCACCGUCCUCAACGGUAAAUCUAGCUAGUUCCAGGCGUUCAGAUAGUAGAGCGCGGCGGUCAGUGGGGAGCUAAUUAAAUUGUACACCGGGUCUCCCCUCGUUUUUUUUUUUUUUCCUUCGUGAAUGUUUCUCCCGCGCUCUACUAUCUGAACGCCUGGAACAGGCUAUGGUAAAUCGCUGAUUUGUGUUCGGUGCUCCCAUUCGUAAAGCCUGGGAAAAAGGAAUAAUCGUGGUAAUGGGCAUGUGUGAUGAGUACAAAGAAUUAGUAAUUGGCUAUCCUUUGUUUUUGAACGAGAUGCCCAACGAGUGUUUCAAAUAACUGUCUCCUAAAUGUCAUUUCUUUCCUUUUUUCAGAUUUAGAGAACCCCAAUGGAUUCGACUCUAUUUCAAACGGAAUCGAGGUAACAACGGCUAUUCUGUCUGCUGAAUGAAGAAGUGGCAUCCACGUCACGUGAUGUCAUUUUUUUUAAGAGAAGAAUAACUCUUGUCUUUGACCCACGUUUGUGAUACUCCUUAUAUCCGAGCCUACUAAAGAGUUUUAUUUAUAUUAUGACUUCAUUAAAACGAAACAUUCAAAACUCACGCACCUUUUUAUCGUGUCGUCUGUAGAAAUAAUGUAACUGACGCUGAAAUUAAAUUGCACUAAUUGAAUGUAUACUGAAAACGAUGUUUGUAAAAGUGGACUGUUUGUGGUCUCAUGUAGCUCUGUGCAGAGGACGAUCUCUAUUGCAAGCCGUGCAAUCAGUACUUCAACAACCUUCACAACAAGAGAGAGCACAUUCUUGGCCGAAAGCAUAAGCAAACAGUAUCAGGAAAGUUAAACGAAAGCGAAGAAGAGGAAGAUUUACCAGGAUUUAACGCUCCCGUCUUCACUGAAGAGUUUCUAAAACACAAUGAAAGUAAGUGCUGUUUCCUGUUACCCACGACCAACCUCUCUUUGCUUUGGAAAAAGCCUACUAAAUUACUUCAGAUUCUACCUAAAAAGAAGAACACUGACAGUCUGUUUAUGUGAGGUGAGUCGGCCCAGUCUUAGCCAAGUCUGACUGGAUAAGAACGUGGAGCUUAGUGUAAACGCACUUGAGCAAAGUCCACUAGCUGAGCGCGUUAUUUCUAGUCUCGAUGCCUCCGAGGAGAUGAACUUUGAAAGCAUCAGAGUCGAUGAGAACCAUAGUCUCAUUUCGCGUUUAAAAUUACCUCUGAAUACAAACACCAAGUACCCAACCUAAAAUAUAUUAUUAAUAUAUUCACAAAUGCCAGGAGGAAGAAGCCUGAUCUUAAGAUAGAGGCUAACCCUGUAAAAAUUCAUCUUGAUGCCUUUUAUUAAAGCGGUCAUGACACAACUCGAAACAGAUUUAUUAAAGUUUUUAUGAACACUAAUGAGAACCAGGUAAAAGCAUUAAAACUUGCGAGUUGAUAGGAGCGUAUCAGUGAGAAUUGUGAAGGCAGCGCUUAAGGUCCAAGUCUGAAUAAACGAAGACUAAGCAGAUCAUCUGCUUCUGAGUGUACACGAGUGGAAGAGAGGACAUGACUUUUGCAUUUAAGGAAGAGCUCAUUCAAAUCCCGUCAUCUUUUGAAACUCUCGCGAUUAACUAAGUUGGUUUCCCCUUUUGCAUUUCAGUGCGUGAAGAUGAACUAAGACAACUCCGCAAAGCGGCAACAGAAUUUGAGGAACAAAAUGCAGUCAGUUCCAAACACGUGGAGAACUUAAAACAAGCAAUAGCAAAAAUCGAAAUGGAAACAAACCAACAAAGAAACGCGAACAUGGUUUUACAUAAUCACUUAAGUAAUCUCCGAGCUGCGCUUGUUCAAGCUUUUGCGAACUUGGUCUUGCCUGGCUCAAACGAGGUGCCAACGUUAGAUACUAUAGACUCUUACAUGGCAAGACUGUAUUCAGUCAUUCUGGAUUCUCCUCAAGAGAACGAGGGACUCAUCACCAAUGUGCGAGAGAUUGUGUCUCGUCUUGGCGGCUUUCCAAAGUAAGUUGGGUGUGGUACAUAAUUUGGUGUAGAGUUAAGACUCAAAUAGUGCCGACGUCAGAGUUUCAGAACCUUUAAGCUUCAUGAUUUUUGUUGUUAGCCUGCGCAGCUGGUGGGAUUCUCGGCAGGUAGCUGUAUUUCCCACGGGUAGCGAAUCCGACCUUAAAAUUAUAAAUAUUUAUCAUUACCCACAAUACGUUUGACAUUGCUGAUGCAUUCCAAGCACUAUGUAGAACGCGUGUCGCCCGCGCACCCCACUAAAUGGCGCAAAAUGCCCCCCCACCCCCCGUAGCUCAAUGUUCACGUCAUCAACCCUGUAAUGUAUGGGGGAGGGUUUUGGUAUGAGGUCUAGCCCCCUUUCCUCUGCCCUGCACAUGUUCUUCACAGUACAUCGCGAAGUUCUAAAUGUAGGAGUUUGCUAAAAACCUCUGAAAAUGUCCACCUAAAGCGUCACAUUACUAUAGUUUAAAAACUUGACUUUUCGAGCGGUUUCAGUUUUCAACGUAUACUGUUAUUUACGUCUAUUUUUUUUCCCUUUUUGCAGCGAUGCGGACAAAGGUUUGAGUUUAUCGGAAUAGAGACGAAAAACUUCGCAUGUUUUCAUCAUGGAAGGGACGUGCUUCCCCAGCGAAGCUUUCGGAGUCUUUCUCUGGCCACACGACCAGGAAAUGAUAAAUAAUACCGCGACCAUCAAAGGUGCUGCAUGGUGCUGUCUGUGUUUUAAGGUUGUGCCAUUCCCCUUGUUAAUCGUUGGGAAAAGUGAAGAAAAACUAAAGUUAUUAUUUGUCUCAAAAACAAACUUAAUUGGUUUAGAUUAUGGUCGGUUUGGAAUGUGUCGACUGUGAUUACGGCACAAGUUGGAAACAGUGCAGUUAGACUUGUCAGAUGCUUUCCACAGCUCUACCAGUGCAAAAGUGGUUUCUCUUUAUACUGGUUUCAUGGAUCCUUUGACGCAGUUGUUUAAAAUUAUUAUUUAAAUUUUCAAUAUCGUCUUGUUUCUCACGCUGUAGGGAACAGCAACGAAAAACAAAAGCUGUAAAGCCUUUGUGAAGAAAGCAUGCGGGCAUGCGAAAGUAAUAAUAACUACAGGAUAUUAAUCUCUGGUACGCAAGUGCCAGGUUUCAUAGUUUUACUUCAGACAAAACGACUGCUUGGGAAGCUAAGGGAAGGUCAAGCCUUUUCAUGCACCGAGUAUUUCCAAGAAUUAUUCCCCUAAUCGCGAAUGUCAAGGAAUCAGCGGUUACCCGACCGCACUGCAUCCCGGGACAUAAAUAUCCUCGUGUUUGGCUCCGACAGAAUUCUUGACUCAGUAGGAAAGCUUGUGCGUCGUUUGUUGGAAGGAUACAUGCGUUGUAACGUUAAAUGGUGAGACGAGGACUUUACUCUUAGUUCAAACUUUACUUAGAGUCUCGCUAAACUAACAAAAGUAAGUUACAAGACAAAAAGAAUGUUGAUAAAGAUUUUCAGAC